CGAAACGGAAGCGGCGGACAAUACGGAGUUCCACAACGAAGGUGCUGAACCAGAUUGACGGUGAAGUAUCAAAGGAAGACCCGGACAUUAACCGUGUGCGAGAGAUGUUAGCCGUGUUGUCGGCGAAAGAGGACAGUUUGCGCGAGCUGGACCGCAUAGCGGAGGAAUACACGCCGCUGGACGCCAUGGAUGCGGAGAUUGAACUCGCAGAGGAAUACAGAGACCGUAUCAUCGAGAUGAACGCACGGGCUCACCAAGUAAUCCGUGCACAGGAGACUGUGAGUAAAGAGGAUCCCCGACCUGCUCGGCUAAGUGACGUUAGCGCAAGCACCGCUGGCUCUCAGCGCAGCAACCCGACCGUACGACUGCCGAAACUUAUGAUUGAGAAAUUCAACGGAGACGUAAGUUUAUGGCAGGAGUUUUGGAGUCAGUAUGAGACUGCUAUUCACAACAAUUAGGCUCUCUGCAGUAAAGAAAAGUUUACCUACCUGAAAACUUACCUCACUGGAACGGCUGCAAAGGCAGUAGCAGGGCUCACACUGACAGACAGUAACUAUAAUGCUGCAGUUGAUAUACUUCCAAGCAGAUUCGGAAGGAAGGAUCUUAUUGUAAAUGCCCACAUGUCAAAACUUUUGAAUCUCACUCCUGUAAAGAAGUCAUCCGAUGUCAGUGCGCUGAGGCAGUUAUAUGAUGACUGUGAAAUUCAAAUCAGAAGCCUAGAGUCACUGGGAGUAGUAUCAGACACGUAUGGAGGCAUGUUAUGUCCAAUAAUCCUCCAAAUGCUGCCAGAGGACAUGGCUCUUGAAUACAGCCGACAGAGAGGAGAACAGGAUGAGUGGAAGGUGCCAGAUGUGCUAAAGUUUCUGCAGAGAGAGGUAAACAGCCGAGAGAGAGCUUUACAAAUGACCAGAUCAUACAACCAGAGCAUACCAGUCUGCUCACAAAACAUGCAGCAAAUCAUAUUCAACCUGUGAUGUGAAACUAAUGAAACCAAGCAUAACAUCUGCAGCUACACUACACGCUGCCAAUGAGAAGACACAAAACUGCCUGUUCUGUGAGCGUGCUGAACACAAAUCUGAAAGCUGCCCAGACCACCAGGUGGCAGCACGUAAAGAAAGGCUGAAGAAACUUGGCAGGUGUUUUAUCUGUUUGGGACCCAAACACAUUGCAAGGUUCUGCAGGUUAAAGGGCAUGUCAUGUGCCACAUGUGGAGGCAGGCAUCAUGUGGCCAUCUGUGAGAAAAAUUAUGCUUCCCCGCCUGUUGUUUCUGCCAACAUGGACACUGUCAUUUCUUCUGUAAUUCCCCAAACAAAAAGGGGCAAAACUGAAACUGAGAACACUGUGCUGCUACAAACCGCCAAGGCAUGGGUGGUAGGUCCCACAAGCAGGAAGAUUGUUCGCUGCUUGCUGGAUGGAGGCAUCCAGGGAAGCUUUGUGCAUGAAAAUGUGGUGAGGGCGCUGCAGCUACCUAUUACCAGACAAGGGACGCUUACCCUCCACACAUUUGGCUCCUCUGCUCCCACAAUGGUGAAGCGUAACAUAGUGAAGCUCAGCUUGGAAAAUGUUUGGGAUGGACAGCAAAGAAUUGAAAUAGAAGCAGUUGUGACCCCCAAUGUGUGUACAGCAUUGAUGAAAGUUCCUGGUGAACACAUUCAGAACGAAAUGAGAAGAAAAGGGCUUCAACUCGCAGACUUCGCUGGUGGAGGUGAUGAAACUGAACUUUCUGUGCUAAUUGGCUCAGAUUACUACUGGCAGAUUGUAUCAGGCCGAGUAGAAAGACUGACAGAGAGCCUGGUGGCACUUGAGAGCACCUUUGGAUGGGCAGUACAGGGCCCAGUGGCCAUGUCCAGCAUAACAGAGACAACAUGCAUGCAUAUUCAGCUCAGCAAGGAUGCACAGAUGGACAAACAGCUGCAUGCAUUUUGGGAGCUUGAGUCCCUGGGUAUCACAAGCGAGAAAUCUGAGAAUCCAGAUGAUGUGGAAGCAUUGCAGCGGUUUGAAGAAACCUCCAUCUUUAAGGAUUGGCGUUAUCAAGUGGAGUUGCCAUGGCGACAGACUCAUCCUCCACUUCAAGACAAUUACCGCGUUGCAAAAAGGCGUCUUGAGAGUUUGAAAAGGAAACUACAAAGGGAUGUUACGCUCUACAGCAGAUACAAUGAUGUGGUGGAGGACUACUUAACACAAGGAAUGGCUGAAGAUGUCCCUAAGGAGUGUACACCACCACCAAGCAGUCGGAUUUACUACUUACCUCACCAUGCUGUACUGAGGGAGGAUAAGGUGACAACGAAAUUGCGAGUUGUCUUUGAUGCUUCCUCCCACGAAGAUGGCAGUCCCUCACUAAAUGACUGUCUCUUAACAGGUCCCAAUUUGAAUCCAGAUCCAAUGAGUGUUUUGAUCAAGUUUAGACUGCAUGAAAUUGCAUACAUGGCAGACAUUAAGAAGGCAUUUUUACAGAUUUCACUCUCAGAAGUAGACAGGGACUCUGUAAGAUUUCUGUGGUUCACAGACCCACCAACGGAGGAUAAUCUGCGUGUCCUCAGGAUGACAAGAGUGGUGUUUGGAGCUUCAUCCAGCCCAUUUUUACUGGCUGCCACCAUUAGGAAGCACCUGAGACAAUAUGAGGGUAAACACCCAGAAGUGAUAGACAUUGUCCGUUCCUCACUUUAUGUCGAUGACUUUAUCUCAAGUGCAAAGGAGGUGGCAGAAGCUCAGGCAGUGACAACAACAGUCAAAAAUAUUAUGUCUGCGGCAGGCAUGGAGCUGUGUAAAUGGAUGACGAACUCUCCUGAGCUUAGAGAAAAAUGGCAGGAGAUCUCGUUGGAUUGCACUGCACAGCCAGAAACACACGGGUCGGUCCUGAAGGUUCUAGGCCUGGUGUGGAGACCUGCCACUGAUGAUUUUGUGUUCGACCUCAGAGGGCUGCUUGACAUUCUGAAGGAUAAAAUGUUUAUUCCAAGAGAUGUGGGAGAGGGGACUCAGAUGGGAUGAGGAGCUGCCGCCCGAUUUGACUAAGAAGUGGCAACAGUGGUGUUCGGAGCUCCCUCAACUGCACCAGCUGUCAAUCCCACGUUGGUAUAGAACACACACACAACAGCCAAAUGGUCAGGAUCUAAAGCUGCAUGUGUUUUGUGAUGCAAGUGAAAGGGCUUACAGUGCAGUUGCUUAUCUUCAGGGAGAAAUGAGUGACGGAAAAGUGACCACAAGCCUCGUUGCAUCCAAGUCCAGAGUGGCUCCACUGAAAAGAAUGACGUUGCCACGGCUGGAGCUGAUGGGAGCUGUAAUAGCAGCCAGGCUGGGGAGCACCCUCAAGGAAACACUGCGGCUUGACAAGGCCCAGGUGAGACUAUGGACAGACUCAAUGAUAGUGCUACACUGGAUUCGCAGUUCUGCUCACAAGUGGAAACAGUUUGUAGCAAAUCGAGUGACAGAAAUUCAGACUCUAACAGAUCCACAGUCAUGGUCUCACUGUAAGGGAAAAACAAAUCCAGCUGACCUUCCCACUAGAGGUCUAACAGUACAGGACUUGAAGCAGAGCACACUGUGGUGGAAUGGUCCUUGUGCUUUGAUAUCACCUGAUCAGUUAGAGAGCAGUCAGGAAGACAUUCAGGAAGAUGAGGUAAAGUCUGAGCUGAGAUCCAAAUAUCAGCUUGUUGUACAGCUUGUUAAUCAAGACACAAAUUUCUUAAAACCUCCUUUGUGUCUAGAGAAGUACAGUAGACUGAAAACCGUGCUCCGAGUGACGGCUUGGAUGAAAAGGUUUAUCGCUAACGCCCGCUCAACUACAAAAAUGAGUGGUGAACUGACAGCAGAAGAGCUGCAUGAAGCAGGAAAAUAUUGGAUAAAGGUUAUUCAGAACCAGAGUUUCAGCUCCGAAAUUCAAUCGCUCAAAACAGGAAAAUGCACACAUGCAGACUCCAGAAUCCGACAGCUGAAACCCUUUCUGGACCAAGAUGAGCUGCUCAGUGUAGGAGGAAGGCUCCAGCAUUCCGACUUCUCUUACAGAGAAAAACACCCAUGGAUUUUGCCCAGCGAUCACAGAUAUACCGAAAUGCUGGUACAUUAUCAACAUGAGAAGGUAAUGCAUGCAGGGGUGCGAGACACUUUAGUGCAAACGAGAGAACAGUUUUGGAUUUUG